AUGAGAGCGGCUAGGUAUUACGGUAUCAAGGACAUUCGUGUCGAGCAGGUCCCUGAGCCUUCAGUGCAGCCCGGACAAGUCAAGGUUGCCCCUAAAUUUGUUGGCAUCUGCGGCACAGACCUGCACGAAUAUCUCGGGGGACCCAACUUCUGCCCAACCAAGCCUCACCCCCUUACAUCAGAAAGCAUCCCCGUGACACUCGGUCAUGAAUUCUCAGGAGUCAUCUCCGAAGUUGGCCCCGGCGUAACUGGCUUCGAAGUAGGUCAGCCCUGCGCAGUCCAGCCAACCCUCUUUUGCGGCCACUGCGCAGCUUGUCACACCAGUGCCGAGAACGUCUGCCAUACCGGUGGCUUCCUCGGCCUCUCAGGCGGCGGCGGCGGUCUUUCCGAGUCAGUUUGUGUGAAUGCGACGCACGUCUUUCCGCUGCCAAAGGAUCUGCCCCUCGAAAUUGGAGCACUUGUCGAGCCUCUUUCUGUAGCUUGGCACGCCAUGUCUGCAGCGCAGGAGAUCAAUGGCAAGUCUAAGAUUGCAAUUUUGGGUGGAGGGCCCAUCGGUUUGGCGAUGAUUCUGUGUUUGAAGGCCAAGGGGGUUAGUGAGAUUAUUGUUUCUGAAGUUGCUGCCUCGAGACAGGAGUUUGCAAGGCAGUUUGGUGCCACCAAGGUUGUGAACCCGAUCAAAGAGGACCUCAAGGAGAUCGCUCUUAGCUUGACUGGUGGUUUAGGUGCCGAUGUUGUUUUCGAUUGCGCCGGUGUACCCGCGAGUGUCAAAGGUGCUUUCGAGGUUGUGAGAACAAGAGGCACUGUUGUAAAUAUUGCGAUCUGGGAGAAGGAGAUCCCUUUCAACCCUAAUUGGUUGACCUUCAAGGAGAGCGCCUAUAAAUCCGUUUUGGGAUACCAACGGGAGGACUUCCAAGCAGUCAUCGACAACCUCGCUUCGGGUGCAAUUAAGCCUCACCAGAUGAUCACCAGAAAGAUCAAGAUGGAGAACAUUGUCGAUGAUGGUAUCAACGCGUUGAUCACGGAUAAGGAUAACCAAGUCAAGAUCCUGGUGGACAUCAAUGACAAAUGA